AUGACUUCCACCACGUCUUCCUUCCACUCCCGUCCCUCAGACGUCUUUGGCGCCAACUCGCCCUGCCACCUCGACAACUGCCCGGUCGAAUGGUCCAUUUUUGGCUACCGCCCGUCGCUGGCGGCCAAUGCCGUGUUUCUGGCCCUGUUUGUGGUCAUUGGCACAGUGCACGCCUACUCUGGCCUGCGCUGGCGCAGUUGGGGCUUCAUGACGGGCAUGCUGCUGGGCUGCCUGUGUGAGGUCCUGGGCUACGUGGGCCGCCUCCUGAUGUGGAACAAUCCGUUUUCCUACAAUGGAUUCAUGAUUCAAAUCAUCUGCCUCACCAUCGCGCCCGUCUUCUUCACAGCCUCCAUCUACGUCACCCUCUCCAAGACCAUCACCUACUUUGCGCCGGAGCUCUCGCGCUUCAAGCCGCAGCUCUUCUACUGGAUCUUCAUCCCCGCCGACGUCGUGUGCCUGAUCCUGCAGGCCGCGGGCGGCGCGCUGUCCACGGUCAUGCACGACGGCAAGCGCACGGGCGUCAACAUCUCCAUGGCCGGCCUGAUCCUGCAGGUCGUCGUCAUGGUGCUCUUCAUCGCCGCCUUUGCCGACUACAUGGCGCGGCUGCUGCGCUCCGGCCGGGCGCGCGACAAGCUCCGCGGCUGGCGCACCGCCGUCUUCUUUGCGGGGCUCGCCGCCGCGUGCGUCUUUGUGCUGACCCGCUGCGCGUACCGUGUCGCGGAGCUCAAGGAUGGCUACGCGGGAAAGCUGUUUCGCGAAGAGUCCCUGUUCAUCGUGCUGGAAAGCGUCAUGGUCGUGCUGGCCGGCGUCGCGCUCCUGUUUGGCAGCCCCGGCAUGGUGUUUGACAAGCCGGCGGUCCGCAACGGCACGUGGCUGGGGAAGCAUAGCAAUAUGGUGAGCGAGGAGGGCGGCUUCCAGAUGGGGGAGCAGAAUGGAAAGAGAUAUGCAGGCAGGGCCGACCAUGUCUAG